AUGUGAUUAAGCUUUCAUUUCUCUCAAUUCUCGAUUCUCAUCCUCUUUUUUUUUUACCUAAAUCCAUCCAUUUUCAGACCUUAACAAAGAUCAGUCAACACUUGACUCUUGUAGUCUGCUUCCGAUCCAAAGCUUAUCGUUGUUAUUAGCAUUAUCAAAACGAUAUCUCCCAUGGUGUCUCAUCUUUACGAUGUCUUUCUCAGUUUCAGAGGCUUUGACACACGUUAUAACUUCACCGGCCAUCUUGAUAACGCGCUCAAGCGGAGAGGAAUCGACUCUUUCAUCGACGACAAACUCCGUCGAGGAGACGAUAUCACUGCGCUCUUCGACAAAAUCGAGCAAUCGAAGAUAGCAAUCAUCGUCUUCUCGAAAAAUUACGCGAAUUCCGCGUGGUGUCUCCGAGAGCUUGUGAAGAUCCUCGAGUGCAGGGAGAGAAACAAGCUGGUGGUGGUGCCUAUCUUCUACAAAGUCGACAAGUCGGAGCUGGUGAAGGUCCUUAAAGAGAGUUUUACUGAAGUUACUGAGGAUGAGAUUGUAUCCUGGGAAGCUGCACUGACCACAGCAGUCAACAUCUCCGGCUAUGUAGUCAAUGAGUUCAGCACGCCUGAGGCCAAACUUGUGGAUGAUAUUGCUGUUGACACAUUCAAUGAGCUAAGUGAAUUGGCUCCUUUUGAGAGCGAAGGUCUCGUGGGAGUGGAAUCUCGUCUAGAGACUCUUGCAAAGCUUUUAGCUUGCGAUGAGUUGGACUCUGUUUAUAUCCUUGGCAUUAUUGGAAUGGGCGGGAUUGGUAAAACUACUCUUGCUGAAUGCUUGCAUGAACGGAUGCGAGUUCAAUUCGACGGAAGCUGCUUUCUUACAAACAUCCGUGAAAAGUCAAGUAAAAGCGGAUUAGAGUCUUUGCUGCAGGAACUCUUCUCUGAAUUACUUAAUGAUAAGCAUAUUAAAAUCGGAGCUCCUGGAAAUGCACAUGAAAGAUUUGAGCGCAGGCUCAAGAGCAAGAGGCUGCUUAUUGUGCUUGAUGAUGUGAACGAUGAGAAGCAGAUUAGAUAUCUUAUGGGGCACUGCAGAUGGUAUCAAGGAGGAAGUAGGAUUAUCAUAACUACUAGAGAUAGUCAACUAGUCGAGGCAGUCAAGGGUCGAAAGUAUGUGCUCCCUAAACUGAAUGAUAGAGAAGCCUUGAAGCUCUUCAGCUUGAAUGCAUUUAAUGCCUCUUGCCCUUCGAGUGAGUUUGUGAGGUUGGCAAACAUGGUUCUGGAUUAUGCUAAAGGUCACCCUUUGGCUCUUAAGGUGUUAGGGUCUGAUCUUUUUGAGGAGAAUACUCUGUACUGGGAAGCUAAAUUGAGUAGACUGACAAGUAAAUCACAUGGACAGAUCUAUGAAGUUCUGGAAACAAGCUAUGAGGAGCUUAGCUUUGACCAGAAGAAUGUUUUUCUGGAUAUUGCAUGUUUCUUCAGAUCAGAGAAGGUGGACUACGUGAAAAGCCUUCUCAACAGUCAUGGUGUGGACGUGUCUAGCGUGAUAGAGGAUCUACUUGACAAAUGUUUGAUUACUCUUUCUGAUAAUCGCAUCGAGAUGCAUGACAUGUUGCAGACUAUGGGCAAAGAGAUUAGCCUAAAACCAGAAACCAUAGGAAUAAGGGACUUUAGGCGACUAUGGGACAGUGAUUAUAUUUGUUACCUUCUGACCAAAGGCUUGGGAACUGACAUGAUAAGAGGAAUUUUCCUGGACACAUCAAAACAAGGAACAAUGCGUCUAAGCGCCAAAGCAUUCAAAGGGAUGUGCAAUCUCAAAUACCUGAAAAUUUAUGAUUCGCGUUGCUCACGUGGAUGUGAAGUGGAUUGUAAACUGCUCCUACGUAAGGGGCUUGAUUUCCUUUCUGAUGAGCUUACAUAUCUACACUGGUAUGGAUGCCCUCUACAGAGUCUCCUUCUGAACUUUGACCCCAAGAACCUUGUAGACCUUAAGCUUCCAUAUAGUGAGUUAGAAGACAUUUGGGACAAAGACAAGGAUGCUGGAAUGCUCAAAUGGGUGGAUCUCAGUCACUCGUUGAGAUUAAGCCGAUGUUCAGGUUUGGCUAAUGCUCAAAAUCUUGAGAGGUUGAAUCUAGAAGGAUGUACAAGUUUGAAGAAGUUGCCAUCAUCCAUGAAAUGUUUGGAGAAGCUUAUUUACCUAAAUCUCAGGGAGUGCACAAGUCUCAAGAAUUUUCCAAAAGGACUCAAAACUCAAUCCUUGGAAACUCUUAUUCUCAGUGGCUGCUCCAGUUUCAGGAAAUUCCCAAUGAUCUCAGAAAAUGUUGAAGUUCUACUUUUAGAUGGCACAGCUAUCAAGAGUCUUCCUGAAUCCAUUGAAAGCUUGAGAAAACUUGGUAUGCUGAAUUUGAAAAACUGCAAAAAGCUGAAGCAUCUUUCUUCUGAUCUUUAUGAGCUGAAAUGUCUCCAAGAGCUAACACUCUCAGGAUGCUUACAGCUAGAAGUUUUUCCGGAAAUCAAGGAAGCCAUGGAAUCUUUGGAGAUUUUACUUCUGGAUGAUACAGCCAUCACUGAGAUGCCAAACAUGAUGCAUCUAAGAAAUAUCAAGACAUUUUCUUUGUGUGGAACAAACAGUCAAGUUUCUGUUAGUAUAUUCUUCUUGCCACCUCCAUUGGGCUGCUCUCAGUUAACGGAUCUUUACCUCUCACGAUGCGGUCUGGACAAACUACCAGAUGAUAUAAGUGGCCUAUCCUUGUUGCAGUCUUUAUGCUUAAGCGGAAACAACAUCGAGAAUCUGCCUGAGAGCUUCAACCAGCUUCACAAUCUGAAAUGGUUUGAUCUUAAGUAUUGCAAAAUGCUCAAGUCUCUACCAACCCUUCCACAGAAUCUGCAAUAUCUGGACGCUCAUGAGUGCGAGUCACUUGAAACUCUGGCAAAUCCAUUGACUCCUUUGACAGUAGGAGAGAGGAUACAUUCUAUGUUCAUCUUUACCAACUGUCAGAAGCUGAACCAAGAUGCUCAAGAGUGUCUUGUAGGUCAUGCUCGGGUCAAGAGUCAGUUGAUGGCUAAUGCUUCUGUGAAACGUUAUUACCGGGGAUUUAUACCAGAACCUCUGGUUGGAAUCUGUUACCCGGCGAAUGAAAUACCAAGCUGGUUCUGCCACCAAAGACUAGGACAUUCACUAGAAAUCCCAUUGCCUCCUCAUUGGUGUGACACUAACUUUGUUGGACUUGCCUUAUCUGUAGUUGUCUCAUUCAAAGACUAUGAAGACCGUGCUAAGCGUUUCUCGGUUAAGUGCUCCGGCAAAUUCGAUAACCAAGACGGUUCCUUCACAGGAUUUGACUUUACUCUGGCCGGCUGGAACGAACCCUGUGGAUCGCUUAGCCAUGAACCAAGAAAGCUUACUUCUGACCAUGUUUUCAUGGGAUACAACAGUUGUUUCCACGUCAAGAAACUCCAUGGAGAGAGUAGCAGCUGCUGUUACACAAAGGCUUCUUUCGAAUUCUAUGCAACGGAUGAUGAAAGGAACAAGAAGCUCGAGACUUGUGAGGUGGUCAAAUGUGGGAUGAGUUUAGUGUAUGUUCCUGAUGAUCAUACUUGUAUGUUGUUGAAGAAGACGAAUCUGGUUCAGUUGUGUACGAAUACCGAACCAAGCUGUUCCUACGGUCUUGAUGAUGUCAGACUCAAGAGAGGACGAUGCCAGGUUGGUGGUGGUGAUGAAGAAGCAGAUUGUAAGAGAACGAAAGAGAAGAUUUUGGUGUGAUAAAAAUUUAUAAUUCAGAUAUUUAACAUAUAUUUGUUUAUAUAUUGUAAGCAAGUAACCAAAUCUACGUCUUGUAUUUGUAUUUUUGUAUAUAUCAAUUUCAAAUCAACAAGUUUCUUUAUUAA